CGACAUUCGUCCUCCACCAAGCUGCACCUCCUUCCCCAUUGUUCGAUUCGCCUCUCCUCCAUGGAUACCUGCAACGUUUCUUCCCUCAUGUCCACCACAAUCCUCCCCUGAAGAAACAAAGCAAAGAAAAGCCUGUUAAUUAAGGAGUUCGCCCAAACACUUCAUGAGGUCCGACGUCGACCCUGCCGUCGCUCCCGAAGCCGGCCAUGGCUUCCGAGCGCCGACAUUUGCUCUGCUGCUGAACGCUCCACGGCCACCGUCGCUCUGGAAGGAGCUGUCAGGGUCAUUGAGGGGCGCCUUUCUUCCCGAGCUGGGAAACACCACUACGCUUCCUUAUUCCUUCUCCAAAUGGAUCCUCUCCAUCCUCCACGGCCUCUUCCCUGUCCUCGACUGGGGCACGACCUACAGCCUCAGCUCCUUUAAGAGCGACCUCAUGGCCGGACUAACUCUCGCCAGCCUCGGAAUUCCACAAAGCAUCGGAUACGCUAAUCUCGCUAAGCUCGAACCUGAAUACGGCCUUUACACGAGCCUGGUGCCGCCUUUGAUCUACGCUGUGAUGGGGACUUCCAGAGACAUAGCAAUCGGCCCCGUCGCUGUCAUUUCUCUGCUGCUCUCGUCCAUGGCUCAGAAAACAGUGGAUCCUGCUGCCGACCCUGCCGGCUACAGGAGGCUGGUCCUCACCUCCACCUUCUUCGCCGGAGUCUUCCAGACUUCCUUCGGAUUCUUCAGACUGGGUUUCAUGGUGGACUUCCUUUCGCAUGCCACGAUCGUGGGGUUCAUGGGGGCGGCAGCCAUUGUGAUAGGCAUGCAGCAGCUGAAAGGCCUCCUGGGGCUCAAACACUUCACCAACAGCACCGAUGUGGUCUCCGUGAUCAAAGCUGUUUGGCUCGCACUCCGCCAUCACUCUUGGCUCCCUCCUAAUUUCCUGAUCGGAAGCUCAUUCCUCAUAUUCAUCCUCACACUGAGAUUCAUAGGUACGAAGAGAAAGAGAUACUUUUGGCUGGCUGCCAUCGGUCCCCUGCUCUCCGUCAUUCUAUCGACGCUGAUGGUGUACUUGACCAGAGCUGACAGGCACGGAGUCAGAAUCAUUCAGGGAGUUAAGAAGGGGUUGAACCCGAGUUCGAUCGAGCAGAUCGAGCUGAGCGGCGGGGCUCUCGUAGGCGAUGCGGCAAAGAUCGGGCUCAUUUGUGCGAUCAUCGCGCUCACGGAGGCUGUCGCUGUUGGGAGGUCGUUUGCCGCGGUGAAGGGCUACCAGCUGGACGGCAACAAAGAAAUGGUGGCGAUGGGUUUCAUGAACAUCGCCGGCUCCUGCUCUUCGUGCUACGUCGCCACAGGGUCGUUCUCGAGGACGGCGGUGAACGCGCGUGCGGGAUGCAAGACGACGGUCUCCAACGUGGUGAUGGCGAUCGCCGUGCUGGUGUCGCUGGAGCUGCUGACCAGGCUGCUGUACUACACGCCGGUGGCGGUGCUCGCCUCCAUCAUCCUCUCCGCCCUCCCCGGGCUCGUCGACGUCAAGGAGGCCUGCAACAUCUGGAGAGUGGACAAGAUGGAUUUCCUGGCCUGCAUCGGUGCUUUUCUCGGCGUCUUGUUUGGCUCCGUCGAGAUCGGCCUUCUAGCAGCAGUGAUCAUUUCCUUUGCCAAGAUAACCAUCGGGGCACUCCGGCCGAGCAUCGAAAUGCUAGGGAGAGUUCAAGGGACAGAUGUGUUUCUCAGCGUGAGACAGUAUCCUUCAGCCAUUAAAACACCAAACUUGCUCAUAAUCCGCAUCGACUCUCCAUUCUUCUGCUUCAUGAAUGCCAACUUGAUCAGAGAAAGGAUCAUAGGUUGGGCGACGGAGAAGGGAGCAGGGAAGAUCAAAGCAGUGGUGAUCGACAUGUCAAAGGUCAUGAGCAUCGACACUUCUGGCCUCGCAGCUAUCAAAGAGAUACUCAAGAAACUUCCUUCUAGUAAUGUUCAGGUAGGUGUGGUUAAUCCUGGAUGGCAAGUGAUUAACAAGAUGAAGCUGGCCGGCAUUGUGGACGAGAAUGCAGGAUCAUGGAUGUUUCUCAGUGUCAGCGAAGCUGUUGAAGCGUGUGAUGUCGCAAUGAAUGAUGUGAAGGAAGGUGCUUUUAGUGUUUGAGUUGCGUAUGACCAUAUCGCCGUGUGUUUGUGGUUUGUGUUAUCAGUGCUUAUGGUGAUCAAUAAGGUCAUUAGCAUUUCUAAUGUUUGUGUUUGUGGUUUGUGUUAUCGGUGCUUAUGUUUAUCAAUAAGGUCAUUAGUGUUUCUAAUGUUUGGGUUUGUGGUUGUUAUGCAAGGUAAUAUAAUGACGUGUGUGUGAUAAAACCCUUAUGAUAAAUGAUAAUGCUAAUAUUUUGCUA